AUGCUUUUUUAUAUUCUUCAUGAUUUUUCUUUUUUCUUCACAAUCAUUUCUUUUUCUUCUCCAUAUUCUUUCCCUUCUCAUUUCUUCUUAAAAUCAUAUCUAUCAGAGUCAGUGCAUGUUCCUAUCUAUCUAUCUAUCUAUCUAUCUAUCUAUCUAUCUAUCUAUCUAUCUAUCACAUUCUUUUCAAUAUCUAUCUCUCUAUUACAUUUAUCUAUCUAUCUAUCUAUCUAUCUAUUCUAUUCCAUUCAAUAUUUAUGUCUAUAUCUAUCAAUGACAUUCUGUUUAAUAUCUAUCUAUCAAUCACAUUUUGUUCAGUAUCUAUCUAUCAAUCACAUUAUGUUCAAUAUCUAUCUAUCUAUCUAUCUAUCACAUUGUUCAAUAUCUAUCUAUCUAUCUAUCUAUCUAUCUAUCUAUCUAUCUAUCAUAUUCUGUUCAAUAUGUAUCUAUCUAUCAAUCACAUUCUGUUCAAUAUCUAUCUAUCUAUCCAUCACAUUAUGUUCAAUAUCUAUCAAUCACAUUAUGUUCAAUAUCUAUCUAUCUAUCAAUCACAUUAUGUUCAAUAUCUAUCAAUCACAUUAUGUUCAAUAUCUAUCUAUCUAUCUAUCUAUCUAUCUAUCUAUCUAUCUGUUUUGUGCAUUACAAAGCAACACACACUGUUUUUUUUAA